AUGUCUGAGGUGCAGAGAAUUAAUAAAUACCUUUUGAAGAUCAUCGAUGCUCUUUUCUGUUCCUCGGAUCGACGCCUAAAACUGGUUUUGCCUUUCAUUCGUCCGGCCCAAUGCUUCGAUGAAAUAGGUAGAUCCGCAGACAUAAUUGCACAGCAAGACGCUGUGUUCUGUACGGACUUGCAACUAGCUGCCAUCAUGUCAAGCCCAAAAAUUCUCAAAACGGUCGUUUUCAUGGGCAGUUCUCGGAGCGUCACUCCCCCAUGGGGCGGUGAUUUUCGUCUUGGGGACCGGGUGCUGAAGUGGGUUGAAUCGACACUUCAAAGCCGCAAGGAGAAACUUGGUGACGAAAUCAUUACGCACGACUUUAGUGUUGUGGAUCCGAAGGACGUGUUCGCAGAGGGUGGGGCGCUUGCGGAAAUUAGCCGUGGUGAUUUAACUGUGCCGACAUUUUUUUUGAAAGAGUUGCCACCCAAAGCGCAAGCGCUGAAAGACCUCAUUGAUGCCGCCGAUUGCUACGUGGUCGUUAGCCCGGAAUACAACCAUACCGUUCCUCCGGCUUUGGCCAGUCUCAUGGGACACUUUGGAGGGAGCAACUUCUCCGCCAAACCUUCGGGCAUCGUCACGUAUAGUCCUGGGCCAUGGGGUGGCAUGCGGGCUGCCAUGACAAUUUGCAAUAUGUGCCAUGAAUUGGGCUGCUUGCCGGUUAGCAAAUUGUGCGGUUUGCCCACCGUAGCUUCGAUUCUGAACGAAGAUGGAUCUCCAAUUGAUCCUUCUCAUCGAAUGCUGGCUCAAUUACCUGGUAUGCUGACCCAAUUGGAGUGGAUGGCCGUUGCCAUGAAGACACAGCGUGAAAAAACGGGUGUAUUUUGA